GGCGGCGUUACUACAGUCGACAGUUCCCGAAGUGAAACAAAUGUCAAAAUUGUUGUGUAUUGGGCGUAAUAAGGACUGAAGCGGACCUGGAACAAUUUACAAAAAAGCCCAGAUAAAAUUGUGUGAAGAUGUCAGACCAGCAGGAGCUGCUGGAGGUUACCAAGAAGGAGGUGCGGUCUCUGCUGAUUUCUUCCAAAAAUAAUUUGACCCUUGCUGACCUUCAAAAAGAUUACCAGACCAUGAUGGGAAAGCAUCUACCUUGGCAUGCUUUAGGUUACAAAUCUGCUCUGGAGUUUGUCUCAAGCAUGCCAGAUACUAUCAAUGUUCUCACAUCUGCCAACAACAUCAUCCUCCUGAAAGGUGUUGGUAAUGAAGCAACAAAAGGAAUUGAAGAAUUGGUGACAAAAGCAAAGGUUUCCAACAAGACUAAAACUACCUUGAGGAAAAUAAGACCUAAAUAUGAACCAAAACAGAAUGUCCUGCCUAGGAGGUGCAAUACCACCCCAGUUUUACCUGCAUUGGUGAAAUGUGAACUUCGAGAACUAGUGGCAUCCUUUCCCCAAGGUGUUCUGCUGUCUGAUUUUGACAGUUUUUUUUUGAAAAAAUACGGAAAGCCGUUUCAGUACACACAGUAUGGCUUUUUCUCCUUGCACGAAGUUCUCAAAACAAUUUCAGAAGAUGUUGAGAUACAACAGACACGCCAGGGUUCGCUGCUAUUACUGAGAAACAAAAAUAAAGGAAGUCCACUGAAACAAGGUAAACAAUCUAACCAGUCCGUCCAGACCAAUGAAUCCCAAGCAAAGGCAAUAACUGUGCAACCAGACCCCAGCAAAACACCCACAAGUAAACCAGUUUUGCCACUUUCAAAAUUGGAAAAUACACCAGGUACUGCUCCAGACCCAGAAUAUUUUGAGAGAGAUAUGAAAAAGGUUGAAGCAGACUUGAGGACUGUAAUUAUAGACAAAGGGGUUGGAGGGACCAUGGAUUCAAAAAUAAAGGAGAAAAUUCUUUUCACGGUAGCACAAAGACCGAAUGGAUUAUUGGCAUCCAGACUUCCCAUGGAAUAUAAGAAUAUUUUUGGAGUGGACCUUCCCUUAAAGGAAUUGGGCUUCUACAGUGUGACUGAACUUGUUGGCGCCUUAAAUGACAUCUUCUAUGUGGAACGUGACUCCAUAAAUCAGGACUGGCUAGUCUUUGACAUCAGGCACUCCAGUGUUCUUCAACACCUACAGAAAUCACAGUUUAAUAAAACCAGUGCAUUGAUGCAUGGAGGUUGGAAGAAGCACCUUGAAGAAAAUAUGGAGCCUCAAAAGAACAGUGGUAUAAAAACAAUUAGCUUAGAAAUGCUCACAGAGAAUUAUUGUUCAUCAGAAUCUGAAAUUCCACCAGAUGCUGUACAAGAUGGAAUUCUCUACAAGCUACCGGAGUUGGAAGAAAACUCCUUCGCAUGUGUGUUUGUAGAAUGUGUAACUUCACCCAGUCAAUUUUAUAUCCGUUUCUAUGGAAAAUUGACCUCUGUGAUGCUCGAAGAUCUGAUGAUUGAGAUGAGACGAUGCUAUUCCUAUGAGGAGGUCUCUGAACGCUAUGUGAUGCCAGAUUCAUUUAUUCAGCCAGGGCAACUCUGUUGUGUGCGGAAUAGUGAUGAUCUAUGGUGGUACCGUAUUAUUAUCCAUCAGGUGCUGGAUGAAAAACGGGUGGAAGUGUUCUAUGUAGACUUUGGUGAUAUUUCUCUUGUGGAGAGAUCCAGACUGAGAUUCCUCAAACAUUGUUAUUCAAAGCUUCCUGCCCAAGGAGUUCCAUCAACCCUAAUGUGGCUGCAACCAGUUGAGGAUGAUUGGAGCACAGCUGCUAAAAAUCAGUUCCUGAAAUUUUGUGGAAAACAACCAUUAGUGGCCUUGAUAUAUGGUUACAUUAAUGACGUACUGCACCUAUUCCUUUGUGAUACCUCCACGGAUGAAGAUAUAUAUAUUAAUGAUGUUCUUAAGAAAACUGGUCAUGCUGAACCCUGCCUUACAAACAACAUGAAUGAGGGAUUUGGGCGAUUUAAUCCAGUUACAAAGUAUUUGAAAAAUAUGCCAUCAAAAAUGGAGCCUACGACAAUUUCACUUGAAAGCAAGUCCAGAUCCUCCCCAGCAGAAGAAUACCCCAAAAAUUUAGACACCUCAAUAAAUGGGAAGAAUAUGCAGCAAGACCUCUGUUCUGAGUCAUUGAACAGUGCAGAUUGUCUCCAAAAUUCUGAGGCAGGGGUAAAGUCACAAGAUGAUGUCUACUUCUCAAUAAUUGACUCCAGGCCAGAGCAAUCCAGUGCUGAUGUUCCAAUUGCCCAGCCUGAUGAAACUUCCAAGUUAGGAGAGGCUCAGCUCCAUGCAAAUACAAAUAACAAGAAAGCUUUCGGUUAUAUUUGUGAAACUCCGCAAAAGGAAUCUGUCCAGACCACUACAGGCUCUUGUUCAUUGUUCAGUGAUGUCCCAAGAAAGUCUGCUUUGAUCUCGCCUGUGUUAUCGGGGCAGAGUGCGUUUCGCUUGGCUCUCAGCUGUUCAUCUGCAGCUUUGGGUCCUUCUGCACGCAUGGCAGGAGCUCUUCAUCAUUUAGCAUGGCUGCCAGCAAAGAAAAGUUUACAGUCCCCAGAUCCAGAGAAGUAAAUGUUUAAAAUAACUUGCUGCAUGGAUUGUGGAGAAGAGAGAAAUGUUGUCUGUGCAGACCACCAGUAACCUACAAAAUGUGUUGAAAUUAAUUUUCUCCUCAAAGGCCAUCUGCAGUGCUCAGAUUGAACAUAAAUGGCAGCAAGUUACAAUCAGUCCACAAAAAGACAAAUUUCAUCUCACCAAAAAUUUGAGAUAGGAAGCCACUGGUGGUCUUGAAUCAGGGUUUCUACCACUUAUUUUUAUAUUUCUUUGAAGUGCAGUGGCAAUGUAUUGUAUUGUCACUUUAUUGUUGUAAUAUUGUUGUAUUUUGCUAGAGAGUAGCCCAUUUUUUUUUUGUUCAAAUUUUUGGAAUGGAACCUGGAACCUGAAGCAUUGGAACUGAACUCUUUAAGCCACAGAUGGUGCCACAUGAUCAUUCACAAAACAUAUUUCUUCAAAUCCUAAGUGCCUUAGUUCUACAUUUUUGAAGUGUAAUCAGGGUGCGUGGGUUUCCUCUCUUAUCCCAAAGACAUGCAGGUUGCUAAUUGGCCAUUGUAAAUUGCCCAAGUGUGGUGGUGAAUGGUAGAAUCUAAGGUAGUUGAGGCGAAUGUAGGAAGAAUAAAAUGGGAUUCGUGUAAAUGGGUGCUUGAUGGUCAGGAAGGGUCUCUCCCUGCUGAUUGGCUCCAUGACAUUAAUAGUAGCAAAAAGAUGGCCAGGUUGUUCAUAUAAGUCAUUGGCUGAGGAAGGAAUAUAUAAAACCUGGUAUGGGAUCUCUAGUGUUUCCUUCUUUACAAUAGUAAACACACUGCAAUAGCUAUAAGGGUAAUUUCUUAAGGAACUGAUAAAAUGCUCUGAAGCAAAUGUGCUGAAGUUUUUGUCAUCAUGUGGCGAUAAUCUGUGACGCAAUCAAUAUUGUAGUACUUACCCUUACCACAACUCAAUUCUUCAUUGGCUUCCAUAUGUUUCAAAUUGUGUAUUUAAUUAUUUAUAUUCUGACUUUAAAUUUAUUCAGCAGUAUUUAAAACUAAUCCUUUUCCAAAUCACUAGGCCACAAAAUCCAAAUGUGAAGCAGCAAGUAGGUGUAAAUAGAGCAAAACACAGUCUGCUGGGGAAAUUCACCAGAAUUCACCAAACAUUAUCUGUUAUGGGAGGGAGAAGAAGGAAUUGCCCAUGUUUCAAUUAUCGAGACCAUGCACCAGGGGACCCAAAUUCCAAAUUGUUUGUUGCUCCAGAUUCCAGCAUCUGCAGUCUCUUCUGUGUCCUUAAUGGAAGUAGACAUGAGAGUGAUCUGUGACCCAGACUGGGCUGUCAUGAACUAACUCGAAAAACACUCUGGACAAAUUUGGUGAUUUCUUCGUAGUUUUGUAGUAAAUUUUUCUCAUAAUUGUUGAAAAGUAUUAGGACUUUUCAUUGUCAAAAUUUAAUGAAGUUAUUUACAAAAUAUAUUUGACUGCAACUUCAGCAAAAUGUGCAAAAGUAAAGACAAAUAUGUCUCUGGUAUACAUGCUAUAGUUAGUCACAAAACUGGAAGAUUUUGGAUUUAUAUUAAGUCAGUCAAUUCUGUUAGGCUACCAGCAGGAGCAUUAUAAAGAGUUACAGAGAGCUGAUCAACCACUGGUAAAAUAAUUAUUGGUUAACUUCGGCAAAAUCAUUGUGGCACGAUUUGUUAAAAGUUCUUGCGUGAAAAAGAUAACCAGUCUUGAUUUCUCUAUUGAUGAAAGGAUAAAAGCUUGAGAAUUCUGAGGCUUGUAAUAAACUGGAAUGAUUUUUAAGGCUGUAUUUCAUCAGAUUAGUUUCUAACUUUGGUAGUCAUGAUUCUCUCUAUCCAAUUAGGUUAUUGUUUUCAUUAUUUUUCUGUUCUUUUGGGAGAUUCUUUGAUUUUGUUAAAAAUAAACUAUUUUCUUUGUUUUGCAUUGUUCUGUAAAAUAAUUCCUGAUUGACAUUUGAG